CUGUCCAAGAGCCAAGAAGAAGCCUAUAAAUAUACGGCAAAUAAAGUUCUGAAAAACAGAGAACUAACAUUUAAAAUAAAAAAAUGGUUAAGAAAUGAGAAGGUAACAUUCCUAGUGAAAAAGAAUGAACUCGAAUCAGGUAGAAAUAACAACUAUUCUAGAACGCAAAUAUGGGCGAAUAUGUUCUGUAACAUGAAUAAUAACACGGUAAAGCACUCAGCAAGGUUCAGGCCGGAACAGAAAAAUAUAGGAUUUUACUGUGUUGAGAAUUUUGAUCUAGACCACUCGAUCUACGCAGAAGAAUGUUUAAGUAACUGUGGAAAACUCGUUUUUUGCAAAGGAGGAGUUAAAUCACUGACCAGAAAAAGGCAGUUCUCGUUUCAUUUAGUAAGGGAACAGAUUAAAUUAAAUUGCAAGGAAUCACAGUUGCAAGAAUCGCUCCAGGAAUCAUGUAAAUUUGAUCAAAUUCCAAGGGUUGACGGUCACUCAAACGUCAAGUGCUACUCAGUUAAAACAAUGAAUUAUGGUUUAAACGGAAAAUGCCUUGAUGAUUGUAGAAAUAUAGUCGAUUGUUUAGGAGCUCCAGAUCCCUCAGAUAAAGGAGAAUUGGUUAAUAUUGAAAGUAUAGACUGGGAUGCACUAACAAACGGAUGCCCGUGUUCUGAAGAUUAUGAUGCUCAUACUUUUGCUUAUCAAGGCUGCCAAAACUUUUCAAAAUCGGAUAAAAAGUGCCUGAAUUGGUCGGAAGGGAUGACAUCUGGCUACUAUUUAUAUGAAAAGAGAUUUGCGUUCCCAGAAAACUAUUGUAGGCAGAUCGACAAAACGCAAGAAAUUUACUGCUUAACGGCGAGCAACAAGACCUCAAGGUGUUUGCCGAAAGAAAUUCCUGAGAUAAAGGUCCAGUCGGGAAUAAUGUUUGAUAUUUGGAUAACGCCAUACAUACCGAGGUAUAAGUUGAAGAUAAUAUUCAUUGACCACUCUUCAACGUGCGGGGAUCAGUUUGCAGCUGUACAUCAGAACAUAGUUCAGUCCUACGAACUAGAAGUGUUCAACAUGAUCAGGGGCAAUGGAACCAUGAACCAGGAGAAUGAUUUGUUUGAGUACUCAGAUCCACCGAUUUAUGAACCGUCAUACGUGUUCAAAGGGUAUACUGCCCUUGAUGGAAUUUCGUCGGAGUCAAAAAUAUGUGCGUGUAUGCAUAGCAACUAUUAUGAUAAUGCCAACGGAAUAGAAAACCCAUGUAUAAAUAAGAAGCAUUAUAGAAUAACGGUAGGAGUGCUGAUAGUACAAGGUAGGAGUGAUUUUGUGCCAAAUCCGGUAGAGGAAAUGACGGAUGAGGUAGUGUUGGACAGGAAUUUGGGUUUAAAUGGCAUUGUGUCUUUGGUGAAUGAGGCUGAUGCGGUAGUGUGUAGGAAUAACGAACAGUUAAAUUUUGAAACUUGUUCUAGAUCUAUCGAUGCACUAUUGGAUAUAGAAAUGGCCAAUAGAACGCAAAAAUCAUAUAUGCCCGAAAUGGAUAGAAGACCUCAGUCUAAGUAUACUCAUCAGAUGAUUGCAAGAAAGGAUAUACAACCUAAUCAUAAUGUGUAUUUUCACAUUGAAAAGGCAGGAUCAUACUCAUUCGUGGAUCAGAACAUAAAGGACACAAAUAACCCAUUAAUAAAGUACAGAGUCAGCCUUCAAGGAUUUUAUUCCAACAAAACUUUUACACUAAUUUAUGAUAAGGACAAAGGAGACAAUUAUAGAGAGCAGUCGUUGUUCUUUGAAAGCUGGAAGGUCAACAUGCCUCCAGUCGGUGUUAUAAUAUCGAAAUAUAGCUCACCGCAAGAAGUUUGUGAAAAGCCAUUUGCGUACUCGAUAAAUAUAUUCCCAGUGGUGAAUAGUGUAAUAGAUAAAUCCUUAACUUUGUGGAGAGCUUCAGACUUUGAAAUUACAAAAAGGUUGACCAUUAUGCAAGAAAAGCCCGAAAGGUUCCAAGUGUGUGCAUUUACAGAGGAUUCCAAAUUACACAAAUUAGGAUCUGGUAUCUUUGUGGAUUUCAUCAAUCACGAAGUGAGCGAAAUAAUGGCAGGGCCAGAAAUAACAGUGCCAAACGAUGUGUUUAACUAUAAAAUAUACGACGAAUGGGAUCUUAUAACAUUCUUAAUUGGCAUAAAAGAAGAUGAAAAUUUCGAAAUGUUACAUUCCUUGCAUAAAAAUUUUACAGUGAAAAAGGAUUACACCCAUUUCGCUAAAUUCGUGAAUAGUUUUAAAACGAUGGAGAAUUUAAAUCCUGACACUGUUCUUAAAAAAAGCAAAAAUCAUAAAAACGAUUACCCUGCAAUAUUGAGUUUUUGGUCCUACCCAGAUGAGAAUGUAGUAAGGAUGUUUCUUUUCAGGCCGAAUAGAGUAUCACCGACAUAUAUUGGUAGUAUAGAAGUAAACUCGCCGAUAGCAUUUGGAAUUUAUAUUACAAUGAACAAACUGGUGGGAAUAGUGUUGAAUGAAGGUGAAUUUGGAAUAAACAUGUAUGAAAUUGAAUUGGAUAGAACCGCUCAAGAAAAAAAUAAAUUUAAUUUGAAACUUAUGAAAACGAGCUGCGAUAUUGGAAGUGAGUUUUGUACAAAACUGGUCUCACCAGUAGAUAUGAAGUUGAUUAGCUACUUCGAUGAUUGCGUAAAUCGUCAUUUGAUAAUAGUGACGGAUAUUGGAUUGAACUGUAUAAUACUUUACAACUCUACGCUGACUGAAGUUUCUAAAUUGUGCAGACAAGAUGGUCAUAAAAAUAUAUUUGAACCUUCUCAAAUUUCGUGUACAGACUCUCGAUUUGAUGUGGGUCAGUGUAUCAAUACUUUUGAGGAAUUUGGAUUUGAAUCUGAUGAAGAAAGGGGCCAUGUAAACUGUUUUAUUACUCAACCGCAUGGAGGAAGUAUAUUGUGGGUUCAAGUCGAUGUGUUUGCUCAACGUUUAACUUUGCUAGAUACCUAUGGUAAUGGCGAUAUGAGUGAAAACAAAAAGGAUACAGAAGAAGAUGAAACCAGAAUCUCACAGUAUACGUUGAUUAGGCCCAUAACUGUCGAAACGGUUUUAUACGCAAAUACAGUUUUAAUAUAUGUUAUAGAAUCAGAAAACCCAGCUCUGAUAUUACUAAUCAUUGAUUUGAAUAGUGAAGCUAAAAAAAUAACAUAUUAUAGUAAAACUGAACUUAAGAUGAUAUCAUAUGGAAAUUUCAUACACAUUUCUAAACUGUUGAUGAGUGUUCAAAACGAUGAAAGACUUAACGACCAGGACUAUAUAAUGCUAUUUAGACUUGGAGUGAGGAAAAAGUAUAACAAGGAAAUGGAAACAUUAACUAUUGUUAAUGUAAUGGAUACCAUUUCAAUUAACAAUUUUGAAUAUACGAUCCCAGAAUGGAUUGUAAUCGGAGAUGAGAUAAAUUUAACACCAAAAAUUGACUCCGGUAACAAACAAAAUUUAAUUAGAUAUGAAUUGGACAUAUUAAAUCUUGAAGAUGAGGUUGAUUCUAAAAAUAAAAAUCACAAACACUUGGAAUAUGUGAACAGAAAUUUUGAUUGGACGGGAAACGCAACUCACAAAAAUACCAUAAAAAUAAAUGAGAAGACUGGGGAAAUUAACAUAAAAUUAAAAUAUAUUCACGGGUUUCAUCUUUCAAUAAGAGUUACUGCUUUCGGAUUUAUCGAAUCUAGGUCGACAGUUUUAUCAUUUAAUGUUGUGUGUAAAGACGGCCAUUAUUACAGCCAUAACGAAAAUGAUCAAACACCUAAUGAGUCUAACGGAUGUAAGAUUUGUGAAAGAGGGGAGUACAAUUCUAUUCAAAUGAUAAAGGAUGAUUUUACUAAUUGGUCUAAGUGCACAAAAUGCCCUGAUAGGCAAACUACAAUAAGCGAAGGGGCUACAUCUGGUACUCAGUGUCUAUGUGCUCCAGGCUAUGAGCCUUCUGCAGACCUUCUCAUUCCCUGCUCACCUUGCGAACCAGGAAAAUGGAAGAGCUCUGUGGGAUUUCAGCCUUGUAUUGGAAAUGGUUGCUACAAAAAUUCAUAUUCUAACAAAACAGCCAGUGUUUCAGAGGAAGAUAGAGAUUGCUCAUGCCAUGAAGGGUACUAUUACGUGGAUCACGCCGGAGGUAUAAAGGAAUGCAUACCUUGUGAGACCGGAUAUUUUUGUCCCGGAGGAAUUAAAGGACGCAAAAUCAAAUGUCCUUCAAACACUACAACAGUAAUUGAUGUUCUUUCUAAUGGGCUUACAAAUAGUUUGCCCAAAUCCUUGAGCCAAUGCGUGUGUAAAAAAGGUUAUGAAAUAGUUAGUUUGUUUAAAUUGGUCAAUCGAAAAAACCCAGAAUAUAAAUUAAAGAAAAGAAUAGAAAAGGAAAUUAGCAUGAUGAAUCUUCAAAAUCAAAAUAUAAAUGUGAAUAGAAUGGUUUGUAUACCCUGCGGUCACAAAAGUUAUAAUGAUAAUGAGGGAAACAAAAGAUGUACAAAAUGCCCAGACCAUACAUUCAGUGAAUCAAUGAGCCCUGUCAGUAAAAAGGAAUGUAACAUGUGUGAUGAAGGUUACUAUGAAAGUGAAAGUAAAAAUAGCGUCUGUGAAAAAUGUGAAGAAAAUCACUUUUGCGUAGGAUCAAGCCCAAUGAGUGACAAAGAUAAGCUAUACGCGAAGAAAAAAAUACCAUGUCCAGAGAAUUCUAAGAGUGUUGAACCUUUUGAAAUGAAUGUUAGUAUGUUGAAUUGUUUGUGUGUUGAGGGUUAUGUUCCUGUGAUAACUGGUUCAUUGUUGAAAUGUACUCAGGCUCCGAGGGAUUAUUAUAAGGACUUUGUUGGUAACAGGGAUGCGAUUCCUUGUCCGAAUGGUUCAAUGACUUUGUCGACUGGUGCCACAUCUAGGGACUCGUGUGUAUGUGAGAGAGGUACAUACUUUGAUGUGAUAACUCAACAUUGUACGAUAUGUCCUAUUGGAAAAUACUGUAUGGGUGGAAAGGAUGAUCAGAUGAAUCAUAGACAACCAAUGGAUUGUGCAGAUAGUAAUGCUUUAACAAAGACUACUGGUGCAUCAUCGAUAUCAGAGUGUGCUUGUAAGCCAGGAUACUAUAUGGAUAAAGAUUCAAACAACAUAUGUAAGGAGUGUCCAGAAAAUCAUUACAAAUCAUAUGUAUCAAAUGAUUUAUGUACAAAGUGUGAUGAGAAUUCAUCAACAAGUGGGAAGAAGGGUUCCACAUCAAAGGAACAAUGUGUGUGUGAUCCUGGUUAUUAUUUUGACAAUGGAUGUGUAUCAUGUAACUUCAAUGAUAGAUAUUGUCCAGGUGGUGUAAUAGAAAUAAAAGAUAAUAAAGGAGCAAUUAAAAUAGUAACACAAACACCAAUAAAAUGUCCUCCGAAUACUGAGAUUACACCAGGAGUUGAUAAUGCUAGUUCAAUUAAAUUUUGUAAGUGUAAAAAGGGGUACUCAUUUGUAUCUGAAGACGAUGUCAUGAACACGAAGAAAUGUGCUCCAUGUUCACCAGGUACAUACAAAAGCUCAGUCAUGGACUCAAGUUGUAAUGGUCUAUGUACUCAGAAUGCUACCAGUCUGAAUGGUGCAGUGAGUUCUAAUCAAUGUUUCUGUAGAUCCGGUUAUUACUAUCUUGAAGGUGGUGUCUGUAGUAAGUGUAUGGAAGGUGCCAUUAACUCAAAUACUCCUGUUGGUACUGAUAUGAUUAACACUGGUAAUAAUAUAAACAAUUUAAUUGUCGAUAUUGAUGACCAUGUUAAACCUAUUGCCGUUGAAGGUUAUUAUCUUGAUAAGAUUAAUCUAAAGUUAAGAAAGUCUGAUGAUUGGAAGUUUAUUAAAUGUCCAAUUAAGGGUUCAUGUCUCGGUAAUGAUAAAUGUUCAUCUUCUAUGGAACAUUAUUUAUGUAGUGAAUGUAAGAUGGGUUAUACGAACAAUUUUGUUAAAGGAGUUUUGUGUCAACAGUGUCCAAAUAUGUUUAUAAACAUAUCAUUAACAAUGAUUUAUGGACUUGGAUUGUUAUUAAUUAACAUUGUUAUGGCUUGUCUUAAUAUAAGUGCAGGUUUUAAUCGUAGAUCUAUACAUUCGGUUGUUAUUAAGAUUGCGCUGAACUAUGCAAUAUGUACAUCAGUCAUUAAUGUUAUUAAUUUUGCUGAACUUAAAAUACCAAUGGGCCUAAGUAGAAUAACAAAUUCAUUUACAAAAGUAUUUGAUUCAGAAGAUGUUGUUUAUUACACAUCGAUCGAUUGUCUGAUUCGUAAGUUUUUGAAAGUGAACCAUGCUGAUUCACUGUUCUAUGUCACAUUGUAUACAGUAUUUCUACCUAUCAUCUUAUUAUUUGUUGUUACAAUGUUAAUGUGGGUUAUUCUUAGUAUAUUUAAGGUUAGGAAAUAUAAUGACACUAGAACAAAGUUAGCUCUGUUACAACAAGCUGAAAUUCAGGGUAUGCAUAAAAUAUCAGAAAAAUUAAGAGAACAAUAUGAGAACGAAAGAUUGUUAAUGAUAUUCAGAUAUAUUCCACUACCUAAUCAGACAAUAUGGCUCAAGUUUAGAAACUUUAUAGAAGAUAUGAUUCCGAUUUAUGUGACUGUACUUUUCUCAGUACAUGGAAAGAUAACAAGUAGGAUGUUAAGUCUAUUGGAUUGUAGUUACAUUGACCUAGGACGUUCAUUUCCUGGCAAAUAUAUGUUGAGACCUGCAAUGAGUAUUAAAUGUUCAUUAUAUCCAUCCGAUGGUUAUAUCAAAUAUUUAAUAUUAGGUUUGAGUGGACUAGUUAUUUGGGGAUUUGGUAUACCAUUCCUUUCGUUCACUGUGUUAUACACUAAUCGCAAAAACUUAUAUGCUACCAGCAUUAGAAUGAAAUAUGGUUUUUUACACAAUGGAUUCAGACAAGAUUACUGGUAUUGGGAAACUAUUGUUUUUACCAGAAAGUGUUUAGUUCUUGUAAUUGGUAGCAUUGUUAUAGUACCAUCUCAGAACUACAGUGGAUCAAGAAUAUGGAUGGCAUUAGUUGUAGCAAUCAUAUUUUUAAUUGUACAACUAAUAUACAAACCCUUCGACGAAAGAGACUAUUUCGUACUAGGAAGACUUGAGAACCAUAGUAUGAUAGCCUGGACAUUUACACUCAUACUCUUCUCAAUCAUCAUCGAAUCAAAUUUUAAUCCACUUUACAACAUCACUAUCAUUUUAUUUAUAAUUAUUCUGAAUUCUGCUUUUAUUUUAGAAGUUGUUUUUCAACUUCUUGUUGCCUACUCUCACAAUCUUCGUAUUCAAGUUAAAAAAACCGAUUCUCUAUUAUAUCGGUUUAUUUAUGGUAAUCUGAUUAAAUUAUCUUCUAAAAUCAAAAGCUCUGAACCGAUUAUAUCGUUUGACACCGUAACGUGUUCAACGAAUCUUAAAUCACCAGUUACUAUAAUUGAUAAGUUCAACAGGUUUUAUGCAAUAACAUAUCAUGACAAACAAUAUUUUUCACAUGUCAUGACUGAAAUUGUUUGUUUUGCAAAUGUUAGAAUGGAAUUGGAUGUGAUUCCUUGCGAUUUUCCAGAAUUUAUCACAAGGUUGACCUUUGCAGUUCAUGUUAAUGAAACAGAAAGGCAAAAUACUGAAAAUUUGGUCAAAUCGUUUGCCGAUGGAAACAUCGAUAAGCUAGUUAACUUAUCAUUUAUUAACAAAAGUUACACAAAUAAUUUUAAUUAUUCUGGUGAAGAUAAGGAUGGAUUUAAAGAAUCGGAGGUUAUUGUUAACCCUGCCAUGUUGUUUGAUAAACAGGUGCUAUCCAGUGGGAUACCUCUUUCAGACUUUUAUAUGGCUUUUUCGAUUAUUAAAUUGAAUGAAUUUAAAAUAAUUGCUAACACAUAUGUACAUUUCAAAGAGUUGAAAAUUAAGGAAAAGGCAAAAAGCAUAGAAUAUGAGACUAAAAAACUAAACGAUUUAUCAGAAAUAGAAAAAAUGUUGGAUGAUCGUAGUAAGUUACCAAAAGAUGUUGAGGAGGUAUUUUGUUCUAAGGAAGAGCUGGACGAGUUAAAUCAAAAGGUGCGCAUCUUAGAGGAGAAGAUACACAUGUUCAAAAACGACCCACUGAGAGCACUUAAGGUCUACAAAUCAGAGGAUUAUUCACAUUUGGACAUAGGGGACUUUGGAACUGACAUUGUCAACUUUGGAUUCAAGAAAAGGACGUAUGAUUAG